AAGAACGGAACCUCCAUUCCUUCAAUUUUCCAUUUGUUUCAUGAAGGUCAUAAACAAUGGCUACCAUGACCAUAGCUUCCGAAAACUUGCUCUUACUUCUUUCUGUCCUUGUCAUCUUCACGUCUCUAGCCACCUCUCUACCAGAUUUUGUACACUAUCUCUGUAAAGACAACAAUGGUAACUACACAGCUAACAGUACCUACAGUUCAAACCUCAAUACCCUUUUGUCCAACCUCUCUUCUAUCAUUGGAACCAGCAACAACUACCAAUUCUACAAUGUCUCCAAUGGCAAAACCACAGACAAAGUUAACCUCAUCUGGAUGUGCAGAGGAGAUGUUACUAAAGAAGAUUGCCUUAGCUGUUUGAACGAUUCAAGAAUCCUUCUGCCAAAUGUUUGUCCAAACCGGAAGGAGGCAACAGGGUGGUAUGAUUACUGCAUGUUACGCUACUCGAACCGGUCCAUAUUUGGGAUCAUGGACUCCACUCUGUGGGAGAUACAUAACAAUGGGAAUGUAAGUGAUGUGAAUGAGUUCAACCAAGUUGCUGCAGACUUGAUGCAAAAUCUAAGAAGCAAAGCUGCUGCAAUUUCUGGUGAAUCUCUGAUCAAGUUUGAUGCAGGGGAAGCCAAAGUAGGGGCAGGAUUUCAAACCGUGUAUGCUCAUGUACAGUGCACUAAUGAUUUGUCAGAGCUAGAAUGCAAUGAUUGCUUGUCUGGAGGAAUCUCCUACAUCCCAACUUGCUGUAAUGGAAAGAAACGUGUAAGAAUUUUUACCCCCAGUUGUAAUCUUAGAUAUGACACACAGCUUUACUUUGAUUCUCUAAGCGUUCUGUCACCUCAACCAUCUCUAUCUCCUGCUCCAUCAUCCACUACUGCCACUGCUACGCUCAAACAAGGAAAGAGCAACUUAUCAUCAACAACUGUGAUUGCCAUAGUUGUGCCGGUCGUCUCCCUUAUUAUUCUGCUGCUCAUAACCUUUGUCUGCAUCUAUUUCAGAAGGAAGAAGAAACCAACCAAGUAUUUUGAAACUCAAGGUGAAUCAGAAGCUGACUGUGAAAUUGAACCUAUUGAGACAUUACAAUUCGACUUUCAAACCAUCAUGGACGCUACGAAUAACUUCUCAGUUGCAAAUAAGCUUGGAGAAGGUGGAUUUGGAAUUGUCUACAAGGGUAGACUACCAAAUGGCGAAGAGGUUGCUAUCAAAAGAUUGUCAAGGAAUUCUGACCAAGGAGAUAUAGAAUUCAAGAAUGAGCUGCUAUUGGUAGCAAAGCUUCAACAUCGAAAUUUAGCAAGGCUACUUGGCUUUUGUUUGGAAAUAGGAGAGAGGAUACUGGUCUACGAGUUUCUUCCCAAUAAAAGCCUUGAUUACUUCAUAUUUGAUCCAGUCAAGCGUUUACUUUUGGAUUGGGAAGGACGCUAUAAGAUUAUAGAAGGAAUCGCUCGAGGUCUUCUUUAUCUACACGAGGAUUCUCAAUUGCGUAUUAUCCAUCGUGAUCUAAAAGCAAGUAACAUACUCUUAGAUGAGAAAAUGAAUGCAAAGAUAUCAGAUUUUGGUAUGGCAAGGUUGUUUGUUGAGAAUCAAACUCGAGGAAACACACUUAGAGUUGUUGGAACUCAUGGAUAUAUGGCACCAGAAUAUGCAUUGCAUGGACAAUUUUCAAUAAAGUCAGAUGUUUUUAGUUUUGGUGUACUACUUCUUGAGAUAGUGAGCGGACACAAAAAUGGAGACAUUCAUAAUGGCGAGUACGUUGAACAUCUAAUAAGCUUUACUUGGAAAAAAUGGAUGGAAGGGUCUGACUCAGUCUCAGAUAUUGUAGAUCAAACAUUGGAGAGUAGUAGAUUCAGAAAUGAAAUAACGAGAUGCAUCCAUAUUGGAUUGUUAUGUGUUCAAGAAAAUGUAGCUGAUAGACCAACCAUGGCUACGGUUGUAAUGAUGCUUAAUAGUGAAUCGGUCAUUCUUCCCAUCCCUUCAAAAGCAGCAUAUGUUACUAUGAAUAAUGCCGGAGAUUUAUCGAAUGGAAGAAGAUUAGGUGAAUCAGGAAACUAUGCUCUGCAAACAUCAUCAGGAGCAAAUGAGGCUUCGAUUACUGAUCCUCAUCCUCGUUAGAUUCUCUACGUUGGGUCCUGUUUUGUGUUCUUCCAAACUCAAUAUUACUUUUUAUUUGUUUCAUGUUCUGUUACUCGGAGGUUGUGGCUCUGCUGGUCUGGUGACUGUUGUCUCUAUUUCUUGUAAUGCAAGUUUUGAAUUCAAUAAUUUUGCUUAAUGUAGUAAC